UUUCUUCUUCCUUUCCUCAGGUGCAGACACAAAAAAGAAGAAAAACAAUCUCACCAUUUUCCUCUGCAUCUACCAAUUACAAAAAAAAGAUUCAAUUCAAAACAACCCCACAAGUUUCCUUUUUCAUUUCAUUUCUAACAAUUUCUUGCUUUUUAGGUUUUGCAAGAACAUGAGGGGAUUGGAAGAGGAAUUUAUUCCAUCAACACCAGGAAAAUUCAAAGACAAAACUUAUUACUCCGUUAACCGUCAAUUCCACAGAUGUUUCGCUUCAACAAGUACAAUGUUCUUAUGGGCAUUAUUCUUGAUUGCUUUAACGGCUUCCUAUUUGAGUUUCCAGUCAUUCAUGGAUUCCGGUACCCGGUAUCUUUCCUCUACAUGGGGUAGUCUUCAUUGGGAAAAACAAGUCCGUGAUUCCGCUCAAAUCCACCGUGUCAAUGGUAUGUCCGUACUUGUUACCGGUGCAGCCGGUUUCGUUGGUUCCCACGUUUCAAUUGCUUUAAAAAAACGUGGAGACGGCGUCGUUGGGAUUGAUAAUUUCAACAAUUAUUACGACCCCACGUUGAAGAAAGCAAGAAAAAAUCUUUUAAAUUCUCAGAAUAUUUUUAUUGUUGAAGGUGAUGUGAACGACAUGCGUAUGUUAGUGAAGCUAUUUGAUAUUGUAGCGUUUACGCAUGUUAUGCAUUUAGCUGCGCAGGCUGGUGUGCGUUACGCAAUGGAAAAUCCACAAUCUUAUGUUCAUAGUAAUAUUGCUGGACUUGUUACACUUCUUGAAGCUUGUAAAAAUGCUAACCCACAACCCGCUAUUGUAUGGGCUAGCUCCAGUUCAGUUUACGGGUUAAAUGAAAAAGUACCAUUUUCUGAAUCGGAUCGGACGGAUCAACCCGCUUCGUUAUAUGCAGCUACUAAGAAAGCGGGCGAGGAAAUUACUCACACGUAUAAUCAUAUAUACGGUUUGUCGAUAACCGGGUUGAGGUUUUUCACGGUUUACGGGCCGUGGGGUAGACCUGACAUGGCGUAUUUUAGUUUUACGAGGAAUAUAUUGCAAGGGAAACCGAUCACGGUUUAUCGGGGCAAGAAUCGGGUCGAUUUGGCCCGUGAUUUUACUUACAUUGAUGAUAUUGUGAAAGGGUGUGUGGGGUCACUUGAUACAGCUGGGAAGAGUACCGGGUCGGGUGGGAAGAAACGGGGCCCCGCUCCUUAUCGGAUCUUUAAUUUGGGUAAUACGUCACCUGUUACUGUUCCAAUGAUGGUUGCUAUGUUGGAAAAGCAUUUGAAGAUUAAAGCUAAGAAACAUGUUUUGGAUAUGCCUGGAAACGGUGACGUUCCGUUUACACAUGCGAAUAUCAGUUUGGCCCGAAAAGAACUCGGGUAUAAACCGACAACCGAUUUGCAAACCGGGUUGAGGAAAUUUGUUAGGUGGUAUCUCUCUUAUUAUGGAUACAGUCAAGAAAAGUCUGUAAAAUAAUUGUGGGUUUACUUUUUUCUUUUAUUGUUAUUCUUAGAAUUUUUAGAUUUUACUUUUUUUUUUUAAAUCACCGCAAGAAAGGUGAAAGAAAAGAGAAAAAAGAAAGAAAAAGAAUAUUAUUCUUUUCUUGGGGAAGGAGGAGUGAAGAAGAUUGAAGAACUCCUUAUUCCUUGUUAGAGUAUUAUUGUUGUUAUUAUUACUUGCUUUCCUUGUAAAGGAUAAAAAAGUUGCUUAUUCUGUCAA